AUGGAUGAGGAUGAAGUGCAGAUACAACGUCCUUCCCAAUGCUCCAAAGACAAUGGCCACAUCGAAAGAACAGGAGAUGUUUGGACUACAAGUGCCAGGGUAAUCGGGGUUUCGAUUGGUCCUGCAGUGCCGUUCCUGGCAUGGGCCAUUGCACAGCUGGGAUGGAUAGUAGGGCCGGCUCUCAUGUUCCUGUUCUCCUUUGUGUUCUGCUACACUGCCACCCUCCUCGCUGAUUGCUACCAGUUGAACCAAAGCUACAAUAAUGCUGUUCGGGCCAACCUUGGUGAAGUCAAGGCUAAGAUAUGUCGUGUGUUUGAAUUCCUCUAUCCGCUUGGCAUGGCCAUUGUUGCCAUGAUCACAGCGUCGAUUAGCAUGAUGGCAAUCAAACGGUCCGACUGCUUCCACGAGAGUGGAGAGAAGAACCCGUGCCACAUGUCGAGCAAUCUUUACAUGAUCAUGCUCGGCGUCUCCGAGAUCAUCUUCUCUCAAAUUCCCAAUUUCGAGAAGAAUCGUUGGGUCCGCUAUAUCACACCCAUCAUGUCCUUUAUCUACUUAUCUGUCGGCCUAUGUCUCGGAGUAGCCCAGGUCGCAGCGAGGAGGAGCUUCAAAGGCAGCCUGACUGGAAUAAGCAUCGGCACAGUCACACAAACUCGAAAGAUCUGGAGAAGCUUCCAAGCUGUCGGUGACAUUGCAGCCUCCUACUCUCAUCUGCCAAUCCUCAACACGAUACAGAACACAAUCAAAUCCCCACCUUCAGAGGCCAAAACCAUGAAGAAGGCCACCCUCCUCAGCCUCACCAUCACAACAGCCUACAAAACUCUCUGCUUCUGCAUUGUCUAUGCCACGUUCGGCGACUGCACUCCCACCACCCUCCUCGCCGGCUUUGGCUUCUACAACCCCUUCUGGCUGCUCGACUUCGGCAACAUGGCAAUCAUCAUCCACCUCGCCAGCGUCUACCAGCUCUGCUGCCGGCCCUUGUUUGCAUUCGUCGAGAAGUGGGCCAUUCAAAGAUGGCCCAACAGUGAAUUUACCACAAGGGAGAUCCCAGUCCCGAUCCCCGGCUUCUGCACCUACAAACUCAAUCUCUUCCGUCUGGUGUGGCGGUCCAUCUUCGUCGUGGCCACUACCGUCAUCUCCAUGAUCUUCCCAUUCUCCAAUGAUGUAGCUGGAAUGGUCGGUGGGCUAGGGUUUUGGCCACUUACCGUCUACUUCCCAGUAGAGAUUUACAUUGUACAGAUGAAGAUACCCAAGUGGAGUGUCGAGUGGGUGUGUCUCCAAAUCCUCAGCUUGGCCUGCCUCAUCUUCUCGGUGGCCGCUUUGGUGGGGUCCAUUGCUGGCAUGGUCUUUGAUCUGAAGCCGUAUCCACCGUUCAAGAUCAUCCGUUACGACCCCUUUGCCUAG